AUGACUGAUCUUUCUAUCCGAGAGAAGAAUGUUUCUCGUACUUUUGCAAUUGCUAUGAGCAUCAUUCAAUCUGCUAUUAAAGCUCGCCACAACGGUGAGUCACAACAAAUUUUAAUUGAUGAUUUCACAGAGUUACUUGAUCUUUGUCGCAAUGAUUUAACAUCUGCUGCUAUUCCCAAAAACGAAAGACUUAUUUCUUUGAUGGAUCGCGUUAAUAAAGAAAGAGUUAAUUUAAUCAAAGACAAGAUCGUUUAUCAGCGUGCAGGUUUUGCACAAGUUGCUGAAAAGUAUGAUCAAAUUAUUGCCAAAUCCGUUGAAGCAUGUGCAUAUAUUUCCCAAAUUUAUCAAAAUAAUCAAAAAUGUCCAGUUUUACCAUUAAAGAAAUUCCAAUUGAACAUUCCUGUUGUCCAUGAAUCCGUUCCACCCGAAACAAUCUAUAUUAAAUUUAACGAAAUCAAGCUCCCACCAGGAAAUUACAACUAUAAUAUCAAAGUUACUCAUCCAUUAGAUGAAAAUAAUUUCUACUAUACACCCAAAUUCAAGGUCCCUGGUCAAUAUGAAUGCUCAUUUUCUGGGUUGAACACUUCAAAACCAGCGAAAUUAAGACAAACAAAAGUUGUCUUCGAAAUUAUCCAGAAAACAAAGUUCAUUAUUACUAAGAAGACCCCAAUAGCCACAUACGAACUCCACAUGAGAGAAUUUGAAGGAAAAACAACACAAGAAGUCAAAAUCCCAAUAAAAUUCAACAACGACAGUACUUCAUUCUACGUAACAUUUACAGCACAGAUGAGGCAGCCAUUUGCCAAGCCUGAAUUUCAAUCAAAAAUCGUUGAAAUCCAUUCAAUUCCAAAUGGAACCGCAGUUGAGCAGCAACAGAAGCCAGCAGCUCCACAAGCAGAAUCUCCUAAGCAAGAACAAGCCCCUGCCAAGCCGAAACCGAAGCCAAAACCAGCAGCGAAACCUCAACCAAAAGUCGAAAUUCCGCAAGUCGCAAUUCUUCCAGAUUGGGAGUGGGAUAACUUUGUUUGUCCUAUUACACUUCAGUAUCUCAUCGAACAAGGCGAGUUUAUCAUGAAUAUGUGCAAAUCUCGAAAAGUUCCAGUACAAGAAGGCCUUGAAGCGCAGUAUACACGCGCUAAAAAGGAAAUGGAUGAAUUUACUGCUAAGGCUGAGAGCGGAGAAUUUAAUCCUGAGAUCUAUAUCGAGCAAUUGAAGAAAUCUAUCGCAGCAAACACGGCUAGACUGAAAACAAUGGAUAAGAAUGAUAAUAAUACAAAGGAAUUUGAGGCAAGAAUUAACAUGGCACAAGGAGAACUUAAUACAAUGCUAAAUCCGCCUGAAGACGAUGAAUAA